AUGAAGCCCAAAGCCGAGCGUGUGCACGUGCAGGCUGUGUUGGAGAAAGCGGCGCUGGAGAAGCAGCUGCGGAUGCUCAAGAAGGUGGCUGUGAGCUAUGAGGAGAAGAAGCCAGAGCAAGCUCAGAACGUGAACAUGAACCUAGCACUUGUUGGAGCUGGUCUGGCCAAGAUGAAGAACAUGAGAGACUCUUCUUCCAACGACUCGGAAUCGGAUGCAUGGUCUUCAGACUAA